UGAAAUUGGGGUUGUUAUCACUGAAUGGCACUGAAAGUCCUGUAGAAGCAAUCGAGUUGAACAACCCUGCCUCAAAUAUUUCUUCAGUCAAAAGGUGGUCAUCGCUAUGAGAAUAAAGAUCCCAGUGAAAAAUUCCAAAUGAUCAGGCAUGGAAGCGGAAUGUACAAGGAACUAGAGAUGCCACUAGAAAGUCAUGAGAGAAACCAGUCAAAUAGUUGGAAUCAGGAAAUCUCAUCUUCCAGGGAUGCUGAGACGCAAGGCUUUCUUGCCCAAGAAGGAAAAAUAAAGGAAAGGUAUAUGGGAAAAAGUAUAAGACUAUUAAAAGACAAAUUGGUGGUAAAUGAACACUCUCCAACCCAAACCAAAGGAGAAGGUUAUAUCUGCAGAGACAACGGAAAAACACCCAAUUGGACCUUCACUGUUUCCUGUGAAAAUGGGUCCGUUACGUCUCAGACAGGGGAGAAGCCAUAUAGGUGCAUAGAGUGUGGAAAGAGCUUCUGUGAAAGUACAUCCCUUACAAGGCAUAACAGGAUCCACACAGGGAAGAAACCGCAUGAAUGCAUGGAGUGUGGAAAGAGCUUCAGAAGAAGCAGUCAUCUUAUUGUCUAUAAAAGGGUCCACACAGGGGAGAAGCCAUAUAAAUGCAUGGAGUGUGGAAAGAGCUUCUCUCAAAAUACAUCCCUUGUCAGACAUAAAAAUAUGCACACAGGAGAAAAACGAAAGAAAUCCCUGGAUUGUGGAAAGAGCUUUUCUACUAGCAGGGAUCUUAAUUCCCAUAACAGCAUCCACACAGGGGAGAAGCCAUAUAAGUGCAUGGAGUGUGGAAAGAAAUUCUGUGAAUAUAGAUCCCUUGUGAGACAUAAAAGGGUCCACACAGGGGAGAAGCCAUAUAAAUGCACUGAGUGUGGAAAGAACUUUACUAAUAGUAGUCACCUUACCUCCCAUAAAUGGAUCCACACAGGGGAGAAGCCAUAUAAAUGCAUGGAGUGUGGAAAGAGCUUUCGUACUAGGAGUGAGCUUACUUCUCAUAAUGGGAUUCGCACAGGGGAGAAACCAUAUAAGUGCACGGAGUGUGGAAAGAGCUUUACUACUAGCAGUGAUCUUACUUCCCAUAACAGGAUCCACACAAUGGAGAAACCACACGAAUGCAUGGAGUGUGGAAAGAGUUUCAUAAGAAGCAGUCAUCUUAUUGUCCAUAAAAUGAUCCACACGGGGAGAAACCAUAUAAAUGCACUGGGUGUGGAAAGACUUUUACUCAGAAGGGUCAUUUGAAUUCCCAUAAAAUGAUCCACACGGGAGAAGUAAUAAAAAUGCAUGGAGUGUGGAUAGACAUUCAAAACAUUGAACUUACUUCCCAUAAAAGAAUCCACACGGGAGA